GCCCAGUCCAGUACCUGCGAAGUGGCAGUCUAUAGUGGAGCCUCCUUGCCUCGGUCCGGGUCCAGAUCUCCCUGUGUCUGGGCUGCCCCAGCAUUAAACGACCCCAGGGCACUGUGACUGGCGCCCGAGUCUGCUGAUGAUCUAGGAGAGAUGUGUCAAGAUACUCUGAGAAAUAUCCCAAGUCUCAUUUAAGUGUCUUGCCUUGCAAAUCAUUCAGGAUUGGUAAUAAGUUAGUGGGGAAGAACGUCCUUGGUCCAACAGUGUUGCUGACACUGACUUUUUCUAAGUGGUCUUGAACUGCCUAGUUUUUAUGUCAAUACCUGGCUAGACCUCGUAUUCUUCACUACAGAAGCCUUUAACCUGCAGUUGCUAGAGAUUUUAAAACACUGCCUUUAGGAUACCAUCCACAUUUAACUUGGGAGCUCUUCCUUUGUAAUUCCAAAAUGUUGAGAUACUGGGGAGAGAUACCAAUCUCAUCAAGCCAGACCAACAGAAGUUCUUUUGACUUGCUCCCUCGGGAGUUCCGACUGGUAGAAGUCCAUGACCCGCCUCUGCACCAACCCUCAGCCAACAAGCCCAAGCCCCCCACUAUGCUGGACAUCCCCUCAGAGCCCUGCAGCCUCACCAUCCACACCAUUCAGCUGAUCCAGCACAACCGACGUCUGCGUAACCUCAUUGCCACAGCACAGGCCCAGAAUCAGCAACAGACAGAAGGUGUAAAGACUGAAGAGAGUGAACCUCUUCCAUCCUGCCCUGGGUCACCUCCUCUUCCUGAUGAUCUCCUUCCUUUAGAUUGUAAGAAUCCCAAUGCACCAUUCCAGGUCCGGCACAGUGACCCAGAGAGUGACUUUUAUCGGGGGAAAGGGGAGCCUGUGACUGAACUCAGCUGGCACUCCUGCCGACAGCUCCUCUACCAGGCAGUGGCCACAAUCCUGGCCCACGCGGGCUUUGAGUGUGCUAAUGAGAGCGUCCUGGAGACCCUGACUGAUGUGGCACACGAGUACUGCCUGAAGUUCACUAAGCUGCUGCGCUUUGCUGUGGAUCAGGAAGCCCGGCUGGGGCAGACUCCCUUCCCCGACGUGAUGGAGCAGGUGUUCCAUGAAGUGGGCAUCGGCAGCGUGCUCUCCCUCCAGAAAUUCUGGCAGCACCGCAUCAAGGACUAUCACAGUUACAUGCUGCAGAUUAGUAAGCAGCUCUCUGAAGAGUAUGAGAGGAUCGUCAAUCCUGAGAAGGCCACAGAGGACACGAAGCCUGUCAAGAUCAAGGAGGAACCUGUGAGCGACAUCACCUUCCCUGUCAGUGAAGAACUGGAGGCCGACCUUGCUUCUGGAGACCAGUCGCUGCCCAUGGGAGUCCUUGGGGCUCAGAGCGAGCGCUUCCCAUCUAACCUGGAGGUCGAGGCUUCACCACAGGCUUCAAGUACAGAGGUAAAUGCUUCCCCUUUUUGGAACUUGGCCCACGUGAAAAUGGAGCCUCAAGAAAGUGAAGAAGGCAACGUCUCUGGGCACGGCGUGCUGGGCAGUGAUGUUUUUGAGGAGCCGAUGUCAGGCAUGAGUGAAGCUGGGAUCCCCCAAAGCCCUGAUGACUCAGACAGCAGCUACGGCUCCCAUUCCACUGACAGCCUCAUGGGCUCCUCCCCUGUUUUCAACCAACGCUGCAAAAAGAGGAUGAGGAAAAUAUAAAAGGCAAAGAGGGAGACCUCUCCAGACUUAAAAGACCUAACAGAAACUCUGGUGAAUUCUUAUUUGUUUCCACAAAUAGUGAUUAAACUCUUAAACACAAUGGGUUUUCCUGAUAUCAGUGGAGCUGGAUUUAACCAAAUAAGUUUACUUUUACCUUUUGCAUCCAGUUUUUGUUGUUUUCCACAACCAAGCCACCUUUCACAGAUAUCAUACCGGGAUGGUGAUCCAGAGACCAAAACAGUGUCCCUGACUUGUCUUUACCUUGUGUCAAGUGACUUAGCUUCUCUCAAGCUGUUUCUCUUGCACACUAAGAAUCACACUGGGUCUGGCCUACACUGCAGGGAUAUUAUGAAGAUGAAGACGUUAUUAAGCUUCACAGCUGUGCUUGAACAGACUCACAUAUAUGCUGAUAUCA